AUGGCGCACCUAGCGGCAGCUAAGCUGCCCUAUCGCGAUAUUAACCUCAAGGUCACCAGCGAUGCUUAUACGUUUACGUCGCCUUCGUCGCCCGAUGCGCCGUCUCUGGUGAUUGACCGACCGAUGGGAGAUAUUCGUCUGGCCCAGGGCGGCUUCAAUUCAACGAAGCGAGCGACGCGCGUCUCCAGCAUCUCUGGUAUUCUUGGCAUCAUCCAGCUGCCACUAGACAAGUAUGUCAUCAUCAUCAGUAAAGCCCAGCCUAUGGGAAGGCUUAAGGGGCAGAUGAUCUACAAGGUCAUCUCGACUGAGAUUCUCCCCAUGCGCGAGCGACAGAUCCACGACCCGGACGAAGACACCUUCAUCAACCUCCUCAAGACAUUCCUGGCUCAGGCGCCUCUGUACUUUUCCUACUCGACCGACCUGACCAACUCCAUCCAGCGCCAAUCCCAUGCCGACACCUCCCGACCCCUAUGGCUGAGGACGGAUGACCGCUUCUUCUACAACAAGCAUCUGCAGUCAGAGCUGAUACGGUUCCGGACCGCCGGCUCACGCAGCCAGCCUGGCCCGCAGCCUGCUACCGAUCCGUACAUCCUGCCUUGUAUCUUUGGCAUGCUCGAGAUCAAGCAGACCAAGUUCAAGAGCACGCCCCUGACCAUCACCUUAAUCUCCCGACGCUCACGAUACCGUGGUGGAACUCGAUUCUUUACUCGUGGUGUGGAUGAGGAGGGCCAUGUCGCCAACUAUAACGAGACGGAGCAGAUUGUCAUUCUCAACGACAGCAGUACAGGGCUGGGAGGAUUUGCGGGUAGCAGUGAUAUGCAGAGUGGCAAGUUUGGCACGUCGGCAGGCCAGGAGGUGCAGAUCCUGUCCUACGUCCAAACUCGUGGCAGUGUGCCGACUUUCUGGUCUGAGAUUAACAACUUGAAAUACACGCCAAAAAUUCAAGUGCGAAGUACCGAUGCUGCUCUCGCCGCGGCAGCGAAGCAUUUUGAAGAGCAGAUCCGUAUCUACGGUGACAACUACCUCAUCAAUUUGGUCAACCACAAGGGGCGAGAGCAAAAGGUCAAGGAGUCUUACGAGCAGAUGGCUAAGGCUCUGGUAUCUAUGCCCAAAGAGCAUCGAGAAGCCAAUCGCCUUACUGAUGAGAAGUUUACGACCAUCCAACCGGGCUCGAGCCGCCAACAGUUUGAUCGCCUCCACUACGUCUACUUUGACUACCACAGCGAGACAAAGGGCAUGCAGAUGCACAAGGCCUAUGCUAUCGUCGACAGGCUUCGUGAAGCUGUUGAUGCGCAAGGAUACUUCCGCGGCGUCGAUAUGCCGGGAAACAACGACGGGAGGAUCGAAGCCCGCAGCCUGCAGACCAGCGUCAUGCGCACAAACUGCAUGGACUGCCUCGACCGUACCAACGUCGUCCAGAGCAUCUUCGCUCGCCACAUGCUCGACCGCAUGCUGGUAGAUGUCGGUCUGCUCGCACAGGGCUCGACAUUCCGCAACGAGGAUCCCGAGUUCGAGGUCCUCUUCCGCAACAUCUGGGCCGACAAUGCCGAUGUUGUGUCCACGGCCUACUCUGGAACGGGCGCCAUGAAGACCGACGUCACCAGGACUGGUAAGCGUACCAAAAUGGGAGCCUUGCAAGACGGUCGCAUUGGUGUCACCAGAUACUGCCUCAACAAUUUCCUCGACGGUCCUCGUCAGGAUGCCUAUGACCUCUUUCUCGGAGUUUAUCAGCCGGGAGAAGCCAAUGCCGGUACCAACCUCAUCUUUGGCGACAGGCGGCCGAUUCUCAUCCAGGCUAUCCCCUACAUCCUUGCCUUUAGCGCCUUCAUCGUUCUCGUGGGCAUCUUCACCCCACGACCACCGAACUCGAGCGUUCUUCCCAUGCGGCUCUUUAUCCUCUUCUGGUCCAGCGUGGCAGCUUGGUGUUUUUACUUUGUCUGGACUCACGGCAUGCUCUAUGUAAACUGGCCUCGUCUGAACCCGCUGUCAUAUGCUGUUGAUGGCUACGCCGACAACUUCUCCAAGGCCAGAAAGGACAAGGUCAUUGGAUCAUUCGUUGCUAGACAUGAACGUGGACUAAGUACUGCCCGUUUCAUCAACGCAGAGGAGGGUAAAAAGAGGAUUGAGUAA